AAAGAUACAUUAGGGGAAUUCAUAUCAUUCCGCGAAUUAUAAUGAAAUACAUAUCACAUUCGAUCGCUUCUGUUAUUUUCUAAACAAAAUCAUGUAAAUGUUUAUCAUACAUGACAGCUUCUCGUAUCGAGCGCAAUCAGUUCCUGCCAUAAUAAUUGACCCAAUCGCCUAUGUAACUCUGAUUAGACAGCUUUUUUUGAUAUCCAAUAUGGAAUUGGAAAAUAAGAAGUACGCGGAUUACUUAAUAGUGGUUUAUAUCGCUGCACCGAUUGCUACAGUGUUAUUGCUUUUAGUGUGUGUUUACGUUUACUGCUAUCGUCGCUCGAGACUGACAUGGUAUGAGAAAUAUCUAUUGGAAGAACAACAGCGACAGUCGUCUGCGGGGACAUCAGAAAGCGCGGGAAGUAGUGGUAGUACGAGACGCGGAAUUAUUGGUGUUACACGAAAUAAGAAAUCGAGCAAACGGAUUUAUUUUAAAGAUUCGAAACCGAUACAACCAAUCGUGGAGGUCAUUAAAAGUUUGAAAAAAUUAACCACGAGGCUGAAGUCCUCGGGUGAAAAUGGUUCGAAAGAGUGUGAAAAUAAAACGGAGUGGAUAGUUUGUUCUAGAAAGCGAAUGGGAUCUAGCCCCAGUUCACCUGUGCAUGAUCCGGCGGAAGAGAAAUUCUGGGUUCCGCCGGCGGUAUUAGACAGGAAAAGAGCGCAGAGUCUUGUUCCGACGACGACGCAGGCAGAAAGUGAAGAAGACCCCAAUGAGGGGCCCGUACGACCACGGGGUCUCCGUGAAUUCACGUAUAGCUUCCAAUCAACACCUAUCAUAAGCACUGAUGGCCUGCCCUCUCCAAUGCCACCUGGUAAUAGGCAACGUCGUGCAUCAAUGCAAGACGCUAUAGAUUUUCGGAAAAUAGAUUCAAAACUUUACGAUAGAAGGUCGUUACAAAGACAACAGUCUGUCGCAAGCAUCGAGGAGGAUCCUCUUGGAAGUAUUAACUUUAGUAUCGAAUUUAACUACGAAACAAGCUUGCUCACUGUGUACCUUGUUGAAGCAGAAAAUCUUGUAUCACGUGACUUUAGUGGAACUUCUGAUCCAUAUUGUAAAGUAUGCGUUCUUCCCGACAGACGAAAUCAGCUGAAAAGCAAAGUUCAUAGGAAAACUACGAAUCCUGUUUUUGACGAAGAAUUUAUUUUUGAAAUUGACCCAGAUAUGUUACAUACCAUGACUCUCGAAUUGCUCAUUUUUGACUAUGACCAGUUUUCGCGACAUGACUGCAUUGGACAAGUUAAAUUGCCCCUAGAUAAUGUGGAUUUUUCUCAGCGACAAACGUACUGGAAACCUAUUGCCAAAAGGGAACAAAAAGGAAUAUCAACGAAUGGUGACCUAAUAUUUUCUCUAGGCUACUUGUCUAGUGCUGAAAGAUUAACAGUUGUGGUAAUGAAAGCCAGAAACUUACGACACACUGAAGAAGGCAAAAUAACAAUGGAUCCCUAUGUAAAGGUUUUGCUCAGCUUUGGUAACGGCAAGAAAUCAAAAAAGAAGAAGACAUCAACGAAGCACAAUGUACUCACGCCCGUGUGGAACGAGGCGUUAACCUUUAAUCUGCCAAAAGACUUCUUGAAUUCCGUUUCUCUGGAGUUCCAUGUAUGUCAUGACAAUAAAAUGGGAAAUGAUGAAAUUCUAGGACAAACAAAGAUCUCGAAAGAUUCAAAUGGGGAUGAAAGAUUACACUGGGAUGAAAUGGUGAACUGCAGAAGUGCAAUUGCUAGAUGGCAUACCCUCACGUCGUCGUGAUGAUUUCACAAUUCAAGCUAAUCUUGUGAAAAACCAAACUUGUUUCUUUGAGGUCAGCUGGAGAUCUUAAAUUUAUUUACUUAUAUUGGAUGUGAGACACCGAUAUAUCUGUUUUGUUAUUGUUUAACAGCGUCGGAGUACCCGGACAAUAUAUUGAGGAGUAUUUACACUAUUUGAUCAGGAAAAGGAAACAGUUAUGGUCACGUGAUACAGAACUCAUAUUGUACCAAUCUUUGUUAUACCUUUUAUACCAGUCGGUUAUGUUUUGUUUAUUACCUGUCUCUUCCCGCUUGUUAAAUUAAAGUCUUAACAUCCCAAGUUUGUUACAAAAACAUCAGUAAACGUUUCUAAUAUAUGACUUUGUAAUCAAACAUAUUGUUGUUAAUGAAAACAAAUAAAGUGAUAUAGACAAUGAA